AUGGAGGCCGGCUCAGCAGAGAAGCAUGCCAAUGAUAGGCUGUCGUUUCUGUUGGCUUCUUUUAUCGGUCGCCCAUGCACUAUCACUACAAAGACCGGCGAUCAAUUCCAUGGCAUAUUCUCUGGUUCCACGGUUGGAUCCCCCGAAAGUCGAUAUGUUUUGAAGAUGGUCAAGAAAGCUCUCCCACACAAUGAACAAUCUAAUGGCGUCUCUACCGCCGACGACUACAUUGGCACUGGUGAGAACCAUACAAUGUCAUUUGACACUGCAGAUGUCAUCGAUCUUUGCGCUCUCCAAGUGGAUACAGAUGUUGUUCAAUCGAAGUCCCAGAAUGGGACUCCCGGCGCCUUCAAGACUGAUGCAGACAUCUCGGGCAACCUGGCCAUGCGAGAGCGAAACCUACAACGGUGGGAAGCCGAACCGAAUGACAAUGUGCAACUGUCACUCGAUGACAAGUCUCACGGCACGUGGGACCAAUUCGAGGCCAAUGAGCGCCUGUACGGAGCAAAGAGUGACUACGAUGAGAAUAUUUACACCACCAAAAUCGACCGUAGCCACCCUCUCUAUAAGCAACGAGUGGCGCAGGCGGACCGGAUCGCCAGAGAAAUCGAAUCCAGCGGUGCCUUGACGUCCCAUGUCGCGGAGGAACGAGGAUUGUCCCAAGCAGAUGAUGGCGCCGAUGAGGAGUCGAAAUAUAGCGGAGUCCAACGGGAGCAUACUCCAUUGGCAAUGGGCCAGCCUAACAAAUACCAACCACCAGCAAGGAGAGCUCAACAAGCCAGUGGAGCAGCCGCAGCCGACCCUGCCAUUAUCUCCUCUCAACUGGCCAAGCCUCAGGUCGUGGACGAUAAGAGUGCUGAGACUCACCCAUCCCAGGCUGGAGCACCCACACAGGCAGCACCUAUGGCACGGAAAAAUGCCAGUGCUCCGCCGAAACCGCAGGAGGCGGAAAUCCGACCUACCAAACUGGAAGCUUCUAAACCAGGACCCAGAGCCGCAAAUAGUAUGACAGCGGAGUCGAGACAUCUAAUUCCUUUAGUGGCAGACGCAAGCCGCAAACGUGUCCGAGGUGAAAACGCCACGGCGACCGUCGAACUUGAUGUACUCGACUCUUUCAAACAGUUCUCUGCUGUCGAGAAACUCCGACUUCAAGAACAAGCGCGGAAAAAUGCACGUGCUGAUAAGCAAGUGAAACUGAACGACCUCAAAAAGUUCGCAAAGGACUUCAAGUUGCACACCCCGAUCCCGCAAGAUCUUGUUCCGAUCCUUGCGAAAGACAAGGUGAAGCAGAAGGAAAUUGUCGCCAAAGCAGCGCAUAAUGCAAACGACCCUCAACCCAUGAAGACAGCCGCAUCGGUUCCUUCGGGCAGCACCGCUGCUACCGAAUCAGCCACCACGAAACCUUCCGCGGCCAAACCAGAUGUUGCUCAUGCAAUUCCAACCAUUCCAUCAGAUCGUCAAGGCCAACAGCGUAACCGCGGCAAUCAAGGUCCUUACAAUUCACUUCGGGGCGACAGGUCCCUGGCCGCCGGCAUGUUACCUCAAGGCCCUCAGCGAGGUGGUCUCAGCCAACGGCUGCAGGACAAUCGUCAGCAACAUCGCGGCCCAUCCAUUGGCAACAUGCCGCACCCAAUCCAACCUAUUCCAGCCGGACCAAUGGCUGGGAACAUGUCGGCGUUGCAAAGUCCUUCUGGAACCGCACGGUUCAAUGUUCAGGCCAUGGAAUUUAGACCCGGUGGUUCGCCAUUCACGCCUAGUCAAAAUCCAAGCAGCGCUUCGAGCCCUCGGACAGACAGCCGGCAGCGAAUCGAGCCUCGAGGCCAAUCGGCCACACAUUUCUUCGAAGGCAAGCCGAAGCCCACAUCCGAUCGACCCUCGCUUGAUGAUUAUUUCAAUCCUAUCAAGCGAAUGAAGAAGGAAGCUGAAGCAGAGAAGAGGGAUUACACUCACAACGGUGGAAUCCCCAACGCAUAUCGAACCCCACCUGUUUGGGACGCCCCCGAAGCGAACAAGGAGAAGUCAUAUAUUGACAUGUUCGAAAAGACCAUCGGACCUCCAUCCGUUUCACCACCGCACGCGAUGGUACCGAACGGACCUAUGCCUCACCACCAUCAACUCCCUCCUCAUAUGCAACAUGGCCCUUCCGUUGGACCUCCGCAACAUACUCCUCAGCACACUCCUCGCCAUAUGCCGGCCCAACCGCAUAUGAUUCCCGGUGGACCAGCGUCCUUCGACGAGCACCGCAUGCAUUACCCAGGACAGGUGCACCCUUCACCCAGGGCGUCUCAACCUGUCAUGACAUAUGGCGGUAACACUCAAGCACCCGUCCAGUUUAUUCCCUACAACGGUAUGGGACCAGGUGCGGCCCAGGGUAUGAACAUGCGGCCAUAUCCAGGCGGGCCGCAGUUCGGCAACUCGCAUGGUGGGCCCAUGGGUGGCCACAUGAUGACGCAACAGCACUCGAGCGGAGGAUACGUGCCGAUGAUGAAUCCUCAGAUGCAAGUAUACUCCCCGGUUCCAACGAAUGUGUAUCCUCAUCAACCGGGCGGCAUGGGACCUGGGCCGAACGGAUAUCCGAGCCCAAGGCCUGCGAUGAUGAGCCAUCAAGGGUCGCAGCAAGGUCAUCAACAGCCGGUGAUGUACAUGCAAGCAAACGGACCAGGUGGUCCUAUGUUCCCGCCAAACAAUGGACCAGGUAUGGUUUCUCCUGUGGUUUCCUCUCCCUCCUUCCGCAGUUCUUCUGAUCCGCUUCCUCACGCCAUCAUGCCCGGUCAACAACUGGCACCCCUUUCCGCUCGCCUUGUCAAAUCUCGCAAUCUAACUCCACUGUCUUCUGGCCCUUCUUCGCGUACUAUUUCUGCUUCAAGCUACAUCCGCAACGACACGCGACGUCCAUCAACUAACGGCAACACUCCAGGCACGCAGAUGCGCGGUCCGUACCCACAGCAGCCGUACGGGACGAGCCCGCACCAACACCACCAUUUUCCGCAGCAUCCGCACCGCGGCACGCCGAGCGGCACCCACGCGCAACCGGUGCCCCUCAAUCCCGCCGCCAUACACUCGCAAGGGCCUCCACAACCGCCAGCGGGACACGCGAUGGAGGGAGCGGGCGAUGACCACAAAUGA